GCGCUCGUUAUUAGCAGGCCAGCGGAACGAAGGUGACAUUUAGCCGCUCCGCUAGCGCAGCUCAUUUGAUCCCAACGAGUUGCGAAAAGAGCUGCGGCAUAAAUACAAGCAUGUCUUCCCUGAGGAGGACGACGGGUGUCCUCCGGACCGGCCUGCAGCUCCUCAGACGCGGACCUCAGCAGGUGACAGUCAGAAAGGCAGGAGGAGGCCCUCAUAUUGAACCCCAAUACAGACAACCUCCUAUUCUCACCAAGAACCAGAAGUUUCAAGCAGAGCUGCUCAGCGGCGCCAUGUGGUUCUGGAUCCUGUGGCACUUCUGGCACGACCCCGACGCCGUCAUGGGUCAUUUCCCGUGGCCGGACACUUCGGCGUGGACCGACAAGGAGCUGGGAAUCCCACCUGACGAUGAAGAGUAGAUUUGCCCUCAACAAGCCGAUGUACAUAUGCAUUUAAAGGACGUGCAGCAGAUCGCGAAACCCUGCUCAUUUUCUAGAGACAAGCUGAAAGAUCCUGUUACGUAUGCGGACUUAUUAUCAAGUCCAAUCGUAAAGGGUGCAUUACGAAAUAUAAAUAAAAGCCAUCGACGCUU